AUGGCGGUGGAUCCAGCCUUGACCCACCCACGUAUUGCCUAUUAUAGCUUCAGGCACUUAUACCCCACAAUCGGAGUUUUCUCCAUCCGAUCUGUGUUCGAGAACCGUCCCCAUGAACCCACCAAAGUAGUUGCCUAUGAGGGACGACGCCACCGUCUCAUCAUUGGCUCUUGUAAUGGAUUGCUGUGCUUGCACGAUAACGAGCGUGCCAUGCUGUGGAACCCCUGCACCGGAUUCACAUCUCAGCCGCUUGAAAUUGGUCGUAUCUUCAACCUCUGUGGAUUCGGUUAUGAUCAUGUGAACGACAAGUAUAAGCUUUUUCUCAUUGAGGAAAAGAAAUCAGGUGGAUCUGUCACCAGAAUUUUCACAUUCGGCCCAAAAUGUACCUGGAGAACAAUUCAGGAUUUCCCAUAUAGACUACAUGACCCCAAUAACAAGGCUAUUCUGUUGGCUCCGGUAGGGCUUUUUGUAAGUGGCACUGGCACCCUUAAUUGGCUUCUUUGCAGCAGUCGUACUAGUUUUGUCGCAGUUCUUUCCCUUGACUUGGUGAAAGAGACUUAUAGUCAGAUUUCCCUUCCCAGUAGGGAUUCAGAUGAUGCUCUCCGUGUGUUUCCCCAACUGGCUACCUUGAGGGGUUGUCUUGCUGUUUGUUAUGAGACUAAGAAAACUCAUUGGACUCUCUGGAUCAUGAAGGAGUAUGGAGUUCCUCAAUCUUGGACUAAAUUGGCCAUAAUCCCCCACCACCCACUGCUCGUUAAUCCUCGUUCAUCUUAUGCAUUAGAGCCUAUGUACAUGUUGAAAAAUGAUGUUCUACUGGUGUUGUCUCCUAGAGGCAAGUUUGUUUUGUGUAACUUAAAUGAUGGCACCAUAGAUUUUCCUAAUAUUGACAGCUCCGUUGAUGGCAUUCCCCAACUCCCUCCUUUGUCUCAUGGUGCAGGCGGAUGGAUCUUUCACAUCUAUCAUGAAAGCUUAGUUUCACCCUCGCACUUUGGUCUUCCAACUUGCUCAUCUCAAAUACGGUUAUUUAAGCCAACACUAUAA